AGCUGGGGAUGAUCACAUAUGUGCACUGCCUCUCCUCGGGGCCGGCGGUCAGCUGCUGGCACAGGGCCUGCUAUGAGGACCCCCCUGGCAAGCGCCAAGCUCCGUUGUCCUUCCAGCCCGCCAACGAGAUGGGGAACCGCCUCCAGUCGGAGGCCUUCCCCGCCGCUCGGCCGCCCGGGAGCGAAGGCUGCCUCCGCAAACGUCUGCUCUCCGUGUCCAAGGUCCACCAGAAACGGGACUCUCUCUGGACACCCAAACCUCUGCUUGGAACCCUCGCUAAAAGCCCGUCAGAGAAGACGCAGACCUUCCACGAUGAUAAAGCCGUGUCCAGCCUGGACGAGGAGAGCAAGUGGACGGUCCACUACACGGCGCCGUGGCACCAGCAGGAGAACGUCUUCCUGCCGGGCAGCAGGCCGCCCUGCGUGGAGGACCUCCACCGGCAGGCCAAAGUCAACCUGAAGAGCGCCCUGCGAGAAUGUGACAAGUUGAGAAAAGACGGCUUCCGCAGCUCGCAGUACUACUCGCAGGGGCCCGUCUUCUCCGACACGCCGCAGUCAGGCAGCAGCCUGCACGACGACGACGACGACGACGGCGAGAAAAAGUCGCUGGCGUCGGCGGCGGCGGAGGCGGAGGACGAUCCGUCCCGGCCGUCGGCGAGGCCGCAGACGCCCGCCGACGAGACGCCCGGCGACGAGGCCGACGUGACCGGAGGCCCCGCGCUGCCCACCCCGGAGGAGAGGAUGAGGCGGACGGCGCAGUCCGUGCCCACCGACAUCGUCGCCAUCAACGUCACGGGCGCCGUGUUUGACCGGCAGGCGAGCGUCCGGCGCUCCCUGGUUAACGCGGACGCGGUUUCCCGCCGGCCCAAGAAGGUCAAACGCAGAAAGACUAUAUCGGGGCUGCCCGACGACGUCGACCUGGAGCUAGCCUCGCAAGGACGCGGCGGAGAGCUGCGACCGCAUUCCAUGUUCGUCCCGGGACAGUACUCCACGCUGGGCCGGGCGGGGAGCGUCAACUCCGCGCUCCGGCGCUCCCGCACUCGAGAUUCCGGCUGCCAGACGGAGGAAGUGAAGAUCGUCCCGCCGUCCGUGAGGAGAAUCCGCGCUCAGAGAGGACAGGGAAUCGCGGCCCAGAUGGCCGGCAUUUCCGCUUCCUCCUCCACCGGAAGUUUAUCCGUCUGCGGCGGCGACCGUCAGCGUAUCGGGGACCCGUCGCGAUUCAACAGUCUGCCGCGCCAAGGCGCCAGGGUGUCCCUCAGCACGGACCCCAUCUGCAGCAGCACUCCCAUCAAGUCGGAAGUCGAGUCGGGAGACCGCGGCGCCCCGCAGAGGCAGAUCGGAAAGCUCCAGGCCGACGACACGGCGGUGCACAUGAGGAACGCUCCGAGGACGGGCACCGUGCCCAGGCCCAGGUCUCAGGAGGUGAGGCGGACGCGGUCCAGCGAGUGGGGCGGCGGUCCGGCCCGCGUGGUGUCGCCGCACGCCGCCUAUUCCACGUCGCUCAUCCCCAACGCCACGCUGUCCGGUUCUUCCGAAAUCGUCGCUCUCGGCGCCUCGGGGCAGCGUUCCCGCUCGCCGACCUCCGCCCACGCGAGGGCUCGGCCUCUCGGUCCGGCCCCCUACGAAGACCGCAGGGCCCCCGGCCCGGCCGCUUUCACCCGCAGCGCCGCCUGUCCGGAGCCCGCCGGCGAGUCGGGGUGCACCUCGGCGGAGGAGCGGUGGAUCUACGACACGCCGGAAAACCUGCCGGUCCCGCGCCGCACUCUGACCUCCAGCUACUCCACGCCCAUCAACCAGCUGUACACCAGCCUGGAGGCGUCAUCCAGGACCACCACCGAUUCCGGCUCGCUCUAUUCCCAGGACAACGACGGCUAUUACACCUCUAUGCACCUGGACUCGGGCCUGCGGUCACACGGCCACGGCAGCGGGCACGGGGCGGCGGCCGCACGGGCGACCAGACACAGCAUGUACGAGUGCCGCGAGACGGCCGGUCAGGACGAGUACGGGAGCUCGUACGCCGAUCGCUCUCUGUCCCGCAGCGUUUCCCUGCGUAAGUCCAAGAAGCCCCCGCUGCCCCCGACCCGCACGGACUCCCUACGGAGGAAGCCCGGUCCCAAGAAGCCCAUCGGAGGGGUUGGCGUCAUCGGCGGCGCGGGCGAGGCAAACAACGGCACGCUGAACGAGAGCCUGAUCGCCACCCUGCAGCAGAGCCUCCAGCUGGGGCUGAAGCCCGGCAAAGGCCAGGGCGCCUCUCCGUCGUCGCCCUCCCACAGUCCCAGCAGCGACUACGAAGACCCUUGGGUGCUGCGUCCGCGGAGUCAGAGCAGCGUCAGCGCCGGGAGCUCGGCGACGUCGCUAGCCGCCGGCGCCAACGGCGUGUCCGACGCCUACUCGCUCUGCCACGUGACCCCCGCGAACAGCGACACCAGCAGCUUGCGAUCCGACUACGCCGACUCUUGGGGCUUCUACGUGGAGUACCCUCGUAACCACGGCGACCAGAGCGCUCCGACCCCCGCGGCUCAAACCGCGGACGGCUUGUCGACCGGACCUCGACCGGGAGAGCGGCAGAGCGGAAGCGACGUGCACGGUGACGACCGGGAUCCGGGCGCUCCGGUACAGGAGGAAAGCGCGGCGGCAAAAGCCAAAACGUCCUCCCCGGAGCGAGUGCACAGACUGACUUCGCCCUCCAGCGGCUACUCGAGCCAGUCCAACACCCCCACCGCCGGAACGCCGGUCCCCAACGGGAUCAGGUCCGCGUCUCCUUCGGGCAGCCGCCCCAGACCCAAAGUCCCGGAGAGGAAGUCCUCUUUGCACUCGUCCGUGUCCAUGUCCUCGUCCUCCACCUCCCUCUCCUCCAACACCUCAGACUCGCUCAAGAGCUCCGGGCCGCCCGCGCCGCCGCCCCUCCCCCCGUCCUCGUCCUCGGCUCCGACACCGCCGUCGGCUCCCGCUCAGCCGCCGAGCCCGCCGCAAACGCGUAGCCCGCCCCCGGGGUGCUCCACCUCCCCGGAGUUCCCGCCGCCGCCUUCGCCGGAAACGCUGUUCCGCCCCGACGCGUCCCCCGACGGCGGCUUUAGUCCGCCGCCCCCCCCGCUGCCUUCUUUCGUCUCGUUCUCUUCCUCCCCGUCCCCCGUCACGACGGCGCCCGCGGUACCGAACGGUCCCGCAAAGUCGCCCGAGCCCCUCGUCACGCCGUCAGCCCUGCGGAGCGUCCAGCUGCGCUCGGUCCGACGGACGGAGGAGACCGAGACCCGCUCGGACUCGGAGAAGUCUCGUUCCCAGGAGCGACCCGCCAGCGAGCUGCCGGGGGAGUUGUCGUUGGAGGGCAGCAUUGCGCGCGACGCCCCCGAUCGUCUCGUUAUCGACGGGAAACCCGAGGGGCGGAUCUGCCUUCUUCCCGACGAAAUAGAAGAGAGGCAGAAAGCGUUGCCGGGCGACGGGAGCCCCCCCGUCAAACAGAAGCCCCCCGUCGUCGCCAAGAAACCCAAAUUCUCUUUUGUCCUGCCGCUGAGCCCUCGGCCGGUCCGGGCGUUCCGGUCUCCGUGCGACGACACGGACGCAGCGUCACAAUCGCGAGAACACGAACGAGACGAGACCGAAGAGGAGACGCGGGAGCACCGGGGAGAAAGUUGUGAGACGACGGCAGAAAUCCCGGAUGAGUCUCACACGCCCACCGGCUCGGACCGGGAACCCUUGCGGAACGGAGAUGCCCGCGAGGACGAGGACGGCGCGAGCAGCACGGCGGGCUCCGUCAGCUCCAAGGAGGACGACGCAGGUGACGUGUUCGACCCCAACGCGGACGAGUCGCCCCCCGCGCCGUCGCUCAACGGGACCCCGGAGACGGGCGGCAUGGUCACCCCGACUCCCGCCGCCGCCCGGACCACCGAGGACCUCUUUGCCGCCAUACACAGGGACAAAAUGUCUUGUUUGAGGUGAAAAAAAAUCUGCCAACGGAACUCGUAUGAAUUGACUUGGCAAGACUCUUAGAAGAAGAAAAUGCUGAAAAUGGAGGAAAAAAGUCCAAACAUUCUUCAAAUCAGUGCAAGUUAAGAUUUGCAUUUUGGCAUUCUGAACAGGAUGAGCAGUUUUGGAAAUGGCUGGCCGGAUUAUGGAGGAAUGUUUUUCAAUGUUGUACCGUGCUGCAUUGAGAUAUGAGUUUCAUUGUUCCGUGAGCACCCUUGUAACUCGAGUAUCUCAAAUCAUCGAAAUGACUGAAAACGCAAUUAGCAUCCCCGAAAGAACAACCAAAGUGUUUGUUAAUCAGGGAAAUAGCACUCGAUAAUAUUGUACUUUAUAAACAUAAACAUUUAGUCGUAACGUAAUUCAAUAGCAAAUAAAGAAUCUCCUUCUGGUGUGUGCAACUUGGCCACCGGGGGCAGUAUAAUACAGUCACGCAGCAAACGCUGAAGAGUUGCACUCAACUAGCUUGCGUGUUUGUUUUAAAGACACAAAGCGUGAUUCUCUCGGUUGUAGCUGAACUACUGUUGGGUUCGUACGGAGUGUAUCCAGCUCACCGUCUCAUCGCUGACGCCGCGUUUGCUGCACUGCCGUCGUGCGCUCCAUUUUGUAUCCCUCGCGAUUGAUCUUUCAUCAAUUCCGCCAUCAAUCUCUGCAAAAGUCGCCGCGUUGCCCUGCCUGGCAUCCUCGGGCACGCUCGUCGUUCAUCCCGAGCCGCCUCCUUCUUCCUUUUCUCCUCACCGUGCUAAUUUACGACUGAAAGCGUUCGUUUCCCGGGCCCGAAGAUGACUGCAGUUUCAUCCAUUUUUAAGCAAUUCGACACCCGGCGGCCUUCAUCUGGGUUACAGGCCGCAAGAGAGAGCGAAAGCAGCUUGUGUGCAUUCUCUCUCUCUCUCUCUCUCUCUGACAUACAUUGUGUACGCUCUUCAGAGGGAGGAGGGGGGGGAGGGGGGGCCGGGGGCGGGGCACAUAAAUUUGUCAUGCGGCGUGCCACUUUCUUUUUCACGCUCACGUGUCCGCCCGCAAGUUGACUUGCGCGGGGUUUCAUUGCAGGGAAUUUGUGCUCAGGAUGCGCGCACACUUUGCGAGAUCUCCGUUGCCGUUUUAACCGAACGGAACUGACACAGCGGCGCCUUGAGACACGAGCGACCCCGCUUACAUCUUUUUGGAGAUACAAUCCAUCGUUUGUCCGUUUUUUUUUUGUUCGUUUUAUUGCUUUGACUUGAGAGCAAAUAUUUGAGAUAGGUCGAGAACAACCAAAAGUGUGCGGCGCGAAGUAAACAAAUCUUCCCAAAAAGAAAAUUCAGGCUGUUGAACGGCACAAAGUACUGUCGAACUAAACGUCAAAAAAAGAGAAGCACAUAACUUUGCAUGAGGUCUGUUAGCUUAAUGCUAACAUGUAAUGGGAAAUGCCAUGGAUGGGCUACCGAGUAGCAUCUACGUGGCAUUGUUACUACACUUUAAGGUGUACUCACGGAACAAUGUGAACUCCUAUCUCAAGGCACCGCUGUAGUCACAUGACAGAUUAGAGCACAGGUGUGAAACUCAAGGCGUGCGGGCCAGAUCUGGCCAGCCAUAGCAUUUCAUGUGCCCUGCGUGUGCAAAUCUCGAAUUGUCUUCACUUUUAAUAACGUAAAAAGAAAUUGCAAGCAUUUUAAAAUUAGAAAGUUCGGAGCGGUACGGGCAGGCGGAUGCGUUUAGCGUUCCGACCGUUUGCAAAUGUACGAAAACCAAGCGGAUGGACAAGAAAAAAAAAAAUGUACACUUUAUAUGUAACAAUAUGACGAUGCAAUUAUACAAUCAUACCUUUCAACAGUCAUCUGAAGGAAACCAUAACGGCAACGUGGCGCGCGGCAAAAGAGAGUUUGACGCCGCUGGAUUCAGCGGUGGAUGAAAUGACAUGCAAUGACAGAUUACAGUAACAACGAGGGAAUGAAAUUACAUCACGUCAGAUUAUGCUAAUAGCCAGUGAACGCAACACGAUUCCAUCUUGUUUGGAGGGAGAUGGAGUCGAGCCUUAGAGGAGGACAUUUGGAAAAGUAGCGAUGCUAUCCUUUUGCGCCCACCAGCCUUUAGCCCCUCGAGCGUGCGGCGUUCAGGUGUGCGAGCGGCGUGCUUGCGUAAGGCCGGCGAGGAGUACUGCCAGCCCGGCGUGAGGGCAAAUGUAGGCCACCGGCGCAUUUUGCACUUUGGAAAACAGUCCUCAUACGUGCACGCGUGUCCUUCAGCUGCUAGACGAGAACGGCUCCCUCGCUCGCUCGCUCGCUCUCCGGAGAUCUAAUCUGAGGAUUAGGGAUUUUGUCUCACUGCGGCCUUCGUUCCUCCCUUUAGCGGCACAAUCUGCAUUUGUUGCGCCGCCGAGGGGGCGGGCAAAACCUUUAUGCUCAGUGGACACCUGACAUUUUCAAAACGAUUGGACAAGGUCACGCAUACAAGAGGGAGGAAUCAAUAACGUUAACGUUAUUCAUAUGUAUUAUAAUGAGUCACCAUUUUUUAUAAUAUUUUCAAAAUUUUAAAUUUGUUUAUUUGACCAAUGUUUUAUUUCAUCAUUUACAAAAAAAUCAAUGUAACAAUUAUUUAAUAAAAUAAAAUGUUUUACUAUUAUUUUUAGUAUCUUAUUUACAAUGAAUAAGUUAAUUAAUUAAAAGAAUCAAAAAUGUUUAAUGCAUGACUGUGUAUUUGAAAUAUUUUUUUUACUAUUAUUUCUAUUUUAUUUACAAUAAAUGAAUAAUUUAAUCAAAUGAUAAAAAUGUUAAAUGUAUCUUAUUUUGGAAAUGAUUUUACUAAUAUUUUUGUUACUGUGUGGUAAAUUAAUGAACAAGGCAUUUUAUACAUUUUAACUGUACUAUGUAAAUUGUUUGUAAUAUUUAUUUUAAUAGUUACAAUCAAUUAACCAAUUAUUUAAUCAAAUAUAUAUUAACGAUGUAGCUGUAUAUGUCAAAUGGUAUACGUUUCUAUUUUUGAAUUUUAAUAUAUGCAAUGUACAUGUGUAAUGGAACUAUUUAACCAACCAUUUAAUAAAUUGUAUUCUUUUUAAAUCUAUGUAUAUAUAAAAUGAUUUUACCAUUUUUUUAAAUGAUUACUACCAAUACAUUAACCGUCCAUUUAAAAAAAAUAAAAGAAAAGUUAAAUAUAUAUGUACAUUUGGUUUAUUUUACAAUUUUUUGUAUAUAUUAUUUGCAAUAAAUGUAUUCACCAACCAUUUAUACAAUAGAUAAAAAUAUGUUUAUGUGAAAUGGUUUAUUUGACCAAUAUUUUAAUGUAUUAUUUACAAUAAACUAAUCAAGCAAAAAUGAAAUAUAAUGUUGUUUUUAAUCAAUUCACCGUAUAUGUAAAAGAGUUUCUUUUGAAUUUGACCACCUCUGUCUCGCCUUUCCCCUCUCAAGACGGCGCUUGUAAUUAGUCGUCCACGAGGACGCGGCGUCCGCCGGCGCCGCCUCCGGAUUGGCGUCCCCGGGACCCGCUGACAUUAAUAAGGCCGAUUGGCCGCGAGCGCUUAAUCCCGCGUUCGCCGCUCGGCGCCGCCACAUUCCAGCGCCGCACGUCGGCCGACGUGAUUGCCGUGUAAUCUUUUUGGGGGGGAAAGCCGCCAGAGCGGCAGGCCUCCGCCAAGGCGGCGGCGCCGGAUCGCGGUAGCGCAUUACUCCAAGUAGGUCGGCCUCGCGCGGCUCACCAAAGCAACGGAACGGCAAUCCGCUUUAGGAAAUUGAGCGCGUGAUCAGAUCGUGUCUUCGCUGGAGCCAAUUCUCAUUCGCGGAGGAACGGCAAACAAUUGUACGUUUGUGAUGACGAGGUGGACGACUGACUUGAUUUGUAGUCCGUGUGUGAAACAGCAUGUGGCUCAAUGUUAUCUUUCUAGCCCUGAUUCCAAGUAGCGAAACCUUUUUGUGUGUUUGUAAUCACGAGGGGGCUCGACGACGCUGCCGUGCACCAGCGGCUCUUUCCCUACUCCGUCUAUCCAAACCACCUGUGGCCAUAUUCGACGAGAUAACCACAAUAACUUUACCUUAGAUGUGCAAUUGUGUGGUUGCAUUGUCCAAUAGGCACAUUGCACAUUAAGUGUGGAAUGAUGCCAAACUUUGGACAUUCUGAUUUGAAGGGGUCUUUCGUCCAACCGCUAUUUGCGGACUGGUUCCUAUCGCCCGUGAAUCGCGGGGGUCCGCUGUACAAUGGAAAAAUCUGCGACUCACUCAACCCUCAAAAAGUGAACCACGAUACAUAGCGAAGAAUGACUAACUGUAAUCUGAUUAUCGCUUUGGAAAUAGUAAAGCUAUAGAUUACUUUUUACUGAAAAAAGUGGUCAUAACUGCCAGCAGGCUAACCUUAUUUUCGUGUCACCGACGCGCUCGAGUCCGCUGUGUUCGCUGUCCGCAGGUCCAAGCGGAAGGUCCUGGGUCGCAAAGAAUCUGAGGAGGACAAGCCGGGGA